UUCGAUGGGAUCGUUGAUCUUGAUUUCUUACAUAAGUGCUUGCAGUGAUUAGUUCGUGUGGAUUGAUAACGUGUUGCCCGAAAAGGAUAUGUUGUAAGGGAUUGGAAUGGCCGAAAAACAGUUCACUAAAUCUGCAAACACAGCAAAGGAUGAUCAGGAUACGCGUCUACAAUUUUUGGAGCAUUUCGACGACAUUUUCAAGUGUACCAUAUGCCUAAUCAAACUGCAAGAUCCCCACCUGUGCCCUCGGUGCUCAAAAUUGUACUGCUACGACUGCAUCUCCGAGUGGCUGUUGAUGAACUGUCCAGAGUCCGAGCAGCACAUGAAAUGUCCCAACUGUAAGCUAGACCUCCAGCUGGAUAAGCUGGUGAAAGUACGCUGGUUCGAUGAAGUGGAAAAGCUUCAGCAACGUAACCAGAACGGUGUCCUUGAACCGUCCUGCUCCUCCGCAAAGCCAUCGACCAGCAGUAAGAGGGACAUUUGCCCGAAGCAUCAGCACACCAUCAACUUCUUUUGCUGCACGUGCAGGUUGUGCGUUUGCGACGAAUGCCUUCCGGAAAUGCACCUUGAUCAUACGUUCAAAUGCUUGGACGUGAUCUACACCAGCAACGUGCAGAUUGCAGAGGAGGAAUUUGAGAAGCUUCGGCACUACCUGAAGAAGAUUACAACGCUCGUCGAGAAGGUCGAUCGCAACGUGGAGCUGGUGAAAAAGGUGAAGGAGGAAAAGUUGCGUGAAAUUCGUGCAAUUGCGGAGAGUGCCAUCGAAGGGCUCGAGCGACAGGUUGGCGAAAAGCUGCAGAAACUUCAGGGCCACAAGUUCGCUCUGUUGGCCGAGAUUCAGGACAUUGAAAAGUCACUGCGGCACAUGGAAGCGGAGGUCGCGACCAGCAGCCGGUCGGCGUUCUUGGCGAAGAAAUCGAAGAUUUUCAAAGAAUGCAACAAGAUUCGAAUGAAUCCGAUUAAGGACUUUAAACAAAUUCGAGUCCCGGUUAGCCUGAAAAUCGAAAUUCCAACAAUUUAUGAGACUGGCAUUUUUGUGAUAGAAAAUUUUUCAUCCUUCGACGACAACAAGAUGGCAUACUCUAAUGAAUUUUCCGACAACUUUGGUCACAUUUGGCGUAUCAUGGUGUGGUGCGUAAUUUCCGAAGACCAGCUUGGAAUUUAUCUUGAGCUGGUAGAUGGCAACCCGUGCUGGAUGGAGUGCCGCUUCCAACUAAUCCACCCAGAGCCCAAAAAGAUCAUUCACAAGAAAAUCAAGCAAUUCUUCGAUGGAGGCACCCAGAAGGACUGGGGCUUUCGCGACUUUGUGACCCUCGGGACAAUCUUGGACGAUAACUACCUGAAGGAAGACGACUCCCUUGAGCUGCUGUACCACAUCCGACCUUGCCCUGCUGCUGCUGCUACUGCUGCUGGCUGUAGCGGAGUCUCCGAAUAAAAUAUGACAGAGUCUGAGCAUCUCGCGUAAAAUAAAUACUCUUUUUAUCGCA